UUACUGUUCAAUUCUCCACUUUUAUCUCUCCUCUGUCACUUUCCCUUCUCUCUGCUUCAUUCGUCUUCUUCAUCAGUAGAGAGAAGAAGAAGAAGAAGAAAAACCCCGAAAAUGGCGAAAGAGAGAGACCAAAACACCAAGGACAAAAACCUCCUAAUAUGUUUCUUCUGGAAUUUCUCCGCCGAGCUCAAGCUCAUUUUAAUGGCGUUACUCGUUCUCUGCACUCUAGCCACUCUUCUUCCUUUUAUACCUUCCUCUUUCUCCAUCUCCGCUUCCGAGCUCCGAUUCUGCAUCUCACGUAUCGCCGCUUCAGACGCCGUUAAUUCCACUUCCUCCGUCGCCGUCUCCGUCGUGGAGAAGCAGCAAUUAGAUAACGGCGUUAUUCAACGGCCACUUACUGACAAGCCGGAAUUAGAUAACGGCGUUAUCAAACAGCCGUUUACUGAAAAGCCGACGGUGUUAAAUCACGGCGUUAUUAAACGUUCGUUUACUGGUUACGGCUGGGCGGCUUAUAACUUCGUGUUGAUGAACGCUUACAGAGGCGGCGUUAACACUUUCGCCGUUAUCGGCUUAUCCUCGAAACCACUUCACGUCUACGCACAUCCGUCUUACCGUUGCGAGUGGGUCCCGCUUAACCAGUCCGAUAACCGGGUUUUAACCGACGGUACCAAAAUCUUAACCGAUUGGGGUUACGGUCGGGUUUACACGACCGUCGUCGUCAACUGCACUUUCCCCUCCACCGUAAACCCUAAAAACUCCGGCGGGACUCUUCUCCUACACGCGACCACCGGAGACGCAGAUCGGAACAUCACCGAUUCAAUCCCGGUCCUAACGGAAACCCAAAACGCCGUCGCUUUCGAUCUUUAUGGCUCCGAUCGCCGCCGGGAGAAAUACGAUUACCUCUAUUGCGGCUCGUCUCUGUACGGAAACCUAAGCCCGCAGAGAGUUAGGGAAUGGAUCGCUUACCACGCGAGAUUCUUCGGAGAGAGAUCUCAUUUCGUUCUCCACGACGCCGGAGGGAUCCAAGAGGAGGUGCUCGAGGUUUUACGGCCGUGGAUUGAGCUCGGGAGAGUGACGGUGCACGAUAUUAGAGAUCAGGAGCGUUUCGAUGGGUAUUAUCAUAAUCAGUUUAUGGUGGUGAAUGAUUGUUUGCAUAGGUAUAGAUUCGAGGCUAAGUGGAUCUUCUUCUUCGAUGUUGAUGAGUUUAUUUAUAUUCCUCCGAAGAAUACGAUUUCCUCGGUGAUGGAAUCUUUAGAGGAAUAUUCUCAGUUCACUAUUGAACAGAUGCCUAUGAGUAGUCAGCUCUGUUUCUCCGGCGACGGUCCGGCGAGAACUUACAGGAAAUGGGGAUUUGAGAAAUUGGCUUAUAGAGACGUGAAGAAAGUACCACGUCGGGACCGGAAAUACGCGGUUCAACCGCGAAACGUAUACGCGACCGGCGUUCACAUGUCGCAGAAUCUACAAGGCAAGACAUACCACAGAGCAGAAGGAAAAAUCCGAUACUUUCACUACCACGGUUCGAUCUCACAGCGCCGUGAGCCUUGCCGUCAUCUUUUUAACGGCACACGCAUCGUGUUUGAUAACAAUCCUUACGUUCUUGAUACCACGAUGCGUGACAUUGGCCUUGCGGUCAAGACGUUUGAGAUUAGGACGAUUGGAGAUCGGUUGCUUAGGACACGCCAAUGAAAAACAAAAAAAGAAAGAGGGAAAAAAUGAUUUUUAAGUUAUGUUUCCACUUUGUAUUGUAACGUUAAUCUUGAGAAGUAUUUUUUAGGCGGAAUGUAACAUUUUUUUAUGAAUUUUUUGUAGUAUUCUUUUAUUGUAAUAUAAAAUUGGGU